GAGGAUCCCGUCGGGCUGCUCUCCGAGGGCUACUUCCCGACGGUUGUGAAGCUGGCGACGCCGCAGGCGAAGACGGUCAUCGGGACGACCCUGCAGAUUGAGUUGGACACCUCGGACACCGACGAUGACGACGUCCAGUAUUACCAUCGGCGGUCCUCGAGGCGGGCGGAGACACUGCGGUCCCAGACCCUGGAGACGGCCAUGACCCCGGUUGGCAGCGCCACCUGCGGCUCGUUGCACGUGGACAUGGCCAUCCAGGCCUGGGGCGACGAGCUCAGCAUCGCUCCCGAGGAGCUCUCCAUCGUGGAAUUGCUAGGCCACGGCAGCACCGCCAUGGUCUACGAGGGGCAGUGGCGGGGCCGGGACGUCGCCGUGAAGCGGCUGAACGCCCAGCGCACCAUGGUGCCCAUUUUCGUGCGGG